CACGAAUCUUACGGGCGAUCGGACGGCUCACGGCUGUGAUGCCAGCUGGACUUUAAUGUUCCAGGCGCCCGUGAAGCUGGCAGCUCUCCGAAACGGCAAAACCCCAAAACCGUGCAGAACACAGCCCAGAGCUCCACUCUCGCAAGAAAUAAAUAGCAAGGAAAUGGAUCAGCCGAUGCCCUCCUCCCAGCGAUCGUCCCCCUCGAUCGCCUCAGCGGAGAGCACCGCCGCCUCCUCCACUGCGCCGAUGCCGAAGGGUGCCCCUGCUCGCGUCCCCGCUGCCGCCGCCGCUGCCGCGUUCGACGACGUCGACGAAGUCCCCGAGGUCGUCGAGUGGAUGGCGUCGAUGGUCGACCGCGGCGGCCGCGCCAGCCACGAGGUCCACAGCCUGUUCCUGGCCCGGCGCACGGCGCUGGAGAUGCUCCGCGACCGCGGGUACAGCGUGCCGGAGCCCGAGCUCGCGCGCACGCUCACGGAGUUCCGCGCGUGGUGGGCCGAGAAGCCGGAGAUGCGGCGCCUCUCCUUCUCCGCCACCUUCGCCUCUGACCACUCCAACAAGGUGCAAUUUGUAUUCUGCCCACCCAAGCCUGUCAACAUCACAACCAUCCGAGAGGUGUAUUCCCAGAUCGAAGAAGAGAACUUGUCUAGACUUAUUCUGAUAUUGCAGGGAGAUAUAACGUCUAAAGCUAGAGACUGUAUCAAGGAGAUCUUCCCAUUUAAAGUAGAUAUAUUCCAGGUCACAGAGUUACUGGUAAACAUUAGUAAGCAUGAACUGAAGCCCAAGCAUGAAGUGUUGACUGCAGAGGAAAAGGCCGAGCUUCUGAAGAAGUACAAUUUGGAGGAUUCAAGGCUCCCUUGCAUGCUAGAGAACGAUGCAGUUGCUCGCUACUAUGGCCUUGGCAAGGGAACCAUUGUUAAAAUUACAUAUGAUGGCGAGCUUACAGGGCAUCAUGUGACUUACCGAUGCAUUUUCUGAGGGCUCCAUGUGUUCCCAUGGAUGAAAGCUGUAGUAAGUUGUUAGUAAAAUCGCAUCAUGAUUAAUGUUAUGACUUUGUUGUUCGGUGUGGAGAUAUGUGUUAAAUGGCCCAUUACACAUUUGAACUUCAGAUGUGUUACACAGAGAAUGGUUGAUUAAAGCAGUAUCCGUUUACGGAUUCCA